GCUUUUUCCCCUGGUAAAACAUUUAUCAAAAUGAACCAAGGCUAUAGGCAAUCUUAGUCUUAAAAGCCUUAAUGAUAGUUCUUCCCAUUAAAGAUUUCAUGAUCAGCAUUCAUAAUUACUGAGACAGCAAACUGCAAGGAAAAAUGGCUGGGCCAAAACUACAUAUCAUUACUCUGACUAAGCGAGAGGGACAGGGCUAUGGCUUCUACCUCCGAGUGGAGCACGGCGAAGAUGGUCAACUGAUCAGAGCCCUGGAGAUGGGCGGUGUGGCUGAACUGGCUGGUCUGAAGGAUGGAGACCGCAUAAUCAGAGUCAAUGGAACAUUUGUGGACAGUUUGGAGCAUAGUCAGGUUGCAGAUUUGGUGAGAAAGAGUGGGAUGAGUGUCACAUUGCACGUCCUUGGAGAAGAGGCAUAUAAGAUGGCCAAAGCCAACGGUGUGAAUCUUGCUGACCCUCAUUCUCAGUCGGUUCAGAACCAGCCCACCAUGAAUGGAGUGUCUGCACCAGCCGCGAAAGCCAAACUUUGUUAUCUGGCAAAAAACAGCAGUGGAUUUGGUUUCUCCUUAAAGUCUACCAAAGGUACUCAAGGCAUAUUCAUGACAGACGUGGUGUCUGGAGGAAUAGCUGAUCAGGCCGGUGUGAAGCUGAGUGAUCGUAUACUGGAGAUAAACAGUGAAAAUGUGGAGAAUCUCUCACAUGAUCAGAUUGUGCAAAAGGUGAAAGCAGCCGGGGACAAACUGAUGCUUCUGUUGGUGGAUGAGGACACUGACAAAUUCUUCAAGAGCAAAGGCAUUCGACCAAGUAUGGCUCAUGCCACAGUCAGGCACCUCCCACAUAAGCCACGCAUUGCAGACAUGACUAAGAGAGCAGAUGGUUAUGGUUUUAUCCUGAAGGAAGAUCCUAACCGUGCAGGUCAUUACAUUGGAGAAAUAGACAAAGGAAGUCCUGCGGACCGAGCAGGACUGAAGAAUAUGGACAGACUAGUGGCUGUAAAUGGACAGGAAAUAGAUAACUGCAGGCAUGAACAGGUGGUGGAAAAAAUAUCUCAACAAGGAAACAAGUGCUCCCUCCUGGUGCUGGAUGCUGAAACAGAGAAAAUUUACAAAUUGGGUGGUGUUUCUCCACUUCUCUACUGGAAGGAAAUGAGAGGAUCCCCGCCCAGCUAUGCUGCGCAUGAAGCUGAAGCUAUACCUGCUCCAGCAGUACCUGCCCCAGCAGAUGUGGACCACAAACCCAAACUGUGCCGGCUGGAGAAGACCGCUGCUGGAUUUGGUUUCCAUCUCAAUGGCAUCCUUGGAGUUAACGGACAGUACAUCAAAGAGGUGGUGAAAGGUGGAGCAGCAGACAGAGCUGGACUGGAGGAUGAUGACAUUGUUGUGGAGGUGAAUGGGAUGAAUGUGGAAAUGAGCACACAUGAGGAAGUUGUUAACCUCAUCUGCAAGAGCGGGGACACGCUAGUCCUCCUAGUGGCUGAAAGGACAGCCUAUGAGCACCUGAAAGCACAGGGAAUCGCCAUCACCCCUCAGCUGCUGAAUAAAGAGCCCUCAGCUGAUGUUCCAGAACCAGCUUAUGCACAGGAUGAUGAGAGGAAAGAUACAGAAAGGGACAACGAAAGACCGGCCACUCCACCUGCUCAAACCCGGUCAAGGUCAUCGUCGUCUUCAUCCUCUUCGUCACCAUCAUCUUCAGCAUCAGAUGCUAGUGAGGACGAAAAACUCUGAACUAAAAGAUACUUCCAAUACUGUGAUUUAGGGACAGUGACACUCACCUGAUCAAGUACUGUACAAUCUGUUAAGAGGGGAAAAGCCUCUUUGAACAAAAGACUGUAAGACCACUGAUCAAUGUGAAAUUACAAGGCCAUUAGUGACAAUGAUUAUUUCUGCACUGCUUUCAUUGGGAACUACAACAACAACAAUCUAUUUGAACUGGAUUUAUUAUGCUUGUGAUGCAUGAAAUAACAAAUAAAAAAGACAAAUUGUUAGGGUCUUUCAGGAAAUGCAUACUUCUUGAUAUAUAAUUUAUUCUACAGAAUAGUUUGUCAUUUUCUCAUGGAUGCCUUUUGAAUAAAAUCUCUUUAUUUGGUGUGUCAAAUGUGAAAACCAUUCUUA